UAAUCUCUGAUUGAUGUUUACUGUAUAAUUUAAUCUCUUGUGGCUUAUGAUGAAAUCGUUGACGAUUUUUUUUUGGUAUGAAAAUGAAUAUAGUCGUGGAUGAUUGAGAUGAAAACUGAUCUCUCUCUUGGUAUUGGGACGAAAAUUUGGAAGAUGAAUGUAUUAGGAUGAAAAUUCGUUGAAUAUGAACGCAGUUGUAGAUGACUGAGAUGAUGGGGGUUUAAAUUUUGGAAGCUCUACGGUUUACUGUGCUAUUAGGACGAAGAUUUAUCUCUGUGUUUAUUUUAUAUAUGCGCUUUUUCAGCUUAUGAGGAGAUUAAGAAAUCUUGUGUUCCCACUACCUUUCUUCCUCUUGCCCCACCAGGACCAACAGCACCCGUGGACCAGGGUUAUCAACUUUUCAAUGGGGCCAAGUUCAAAACGAAUUUUUUUCACUAUUUGGUACUGCUCCUCUAAAAUAUAUGAUUGAAAUCGGGACAUGAAUUAUUUGAUCUUCCAAAAUGUUUUUCCAUCGUUGAGGCUUACCUUUUGUCCUUCCCAUUUGCCACCAAGGAAAAGCAAUGUGCACUGCUUACUGUUGACCUGUUAUAAAUUAGGGAAAUUCUCUUUCAUGGGCAGGCUGCUAUAAGAAUGAUGUUGAAAUUCCUACCACGUUGAUAAUUGAUAUGCAGAAUUCAAGGCAUGAUAUAGCCUGCAGAUGGAAAGUUUCUUUAACUUCAUGGAUGUAGUGAAGAAUUCAGGAGUAGGGUAGGUUCUUUCCCAUGUAUUUGCAAGCACUCUAUUAUUGGUCACUAAUGGGCUAACUUGAUCAAGUGACCGUGAAGAGUGAUUUGAAUCUUUUGAACGUGGAAGUUUGCAUAGUGCAUCUGAAGCAUGAAGGAAGUAGAAAGAGAAGAGAAAGUGGAUGGCAACUGAGAAGGUGGACCUCAUACGUACACUCCAUUUCUCUCUCGCCCCCACUCGCUCUCUUUUUCUCUGUCCCCCAACGGAUUUUGAGUUCAGAAGAACCAGAUUCCUGGGGAGAGGGGCAGAUGCAUCGUUUUACUUGGACAUCAAAGCUAUGCGUAUGAAUGACCUCCUUUGGUUGGGUGUGGAAAUACUCUGCAGCAAUUAACUUUUACGAUGAGUUGUAAGCUGCUUUCCUCGCUUGUCUGCCCAAAACACUACAUUCAACAUUGAAUAAAAUGGGCGACUAUGUUUUCUUUGUAGGACAGCUUGGGGGAUUGAAGUCCCAAGCUACAGCAGAUUUCUGCCCGUUUCACUCUAUUUACGUUUUAUAUGAUUGUUACCAACUUUUAUUAGCAUAUCAUCCAAUCCCUAUUUACUGUGAUGGUCAAUCAGAUCUGGAAGAAUGGUUCAUGCUACACUUACACCAGGUGUCAAAGGUCUAUUGGCUCAUUUUGGCACAAAACUAGAGAACGUGGCUCAGAUUGGGCCAUAACACUUCACUGAGUUGUGUUGGUCUCCGUGAGAGCUUUGCACAAUUACAUGAAGAGCUUAAGAUGAAAGAAGUCAUUGGCUUUGAAGAGCUGUAUGCUGACAGAAGAAUUAAAGCUUCAGUAAGCAAAGUCAUGAAGCUUGCUUCUUGAAGAAAAUAGAGGAUGUGUGGAAAUAAGUUAUUUUCAAAAGAAUUGUGUAAUAUUAUUUGACAUUGUGGUGUUCUCUGAUGUCCAGCACUUUUCUCAUUUGUCAUGCAUUAGAAAACAAUCUAGUUCUCACUCUCACCGUGAGCAUGCUGUUGCUGUUGACUUUCUGAAUGAUACUGCUAUAGCGGAUAUUAUAAUUAUAAUGUACAAUCUUUCCUUCCUUUUUUUGGUUCACACUUUAGGGAAGUUCUGGAAAUAUGUCUGACAAAAUCUCACCUGAGAACCUUCUCAACAACCUCAUGGACACAUUCACUGAGAGGCAGAAACCUGUCUCAUUCUUUGAUGGAGAGAGUUCAUACUCUGUGAACUCUCAGUUUAGGAGACUGUUUGGACGUCAGAGGCCUGUGCACCAUCUUUUAGGGGGUGGAAAACCUGCUGAUGUCUUGUUAUGGAGGGACAAGAAGAUUUCUACUAGUGUUUUAACUAGUGCAACAUCUGUAUGGGUGCUUUUUGAAUGGCUUAAUUAUCAUCUCCUGACUCUUUCAUGCCUCGCUCUGGUUCUUGUUAUGGUUGUGCAGUUUAUUUGGUCAAAUGCUUCAGGCUAUUCUAGCAGUGUGCCAUCUAAAGUACCCCGCCUUGUUCUCCCAGAAGAUUUCUUUGUCAACAUUGCAACAACAGCUGGUGCUGAGGUUAACCGAGGUUUGAGGUUUCUUCAAGAUGUUUCUUGUUCAGGAAACUUGAAGCAAUUUCUUGUUGUUGUUGGAAGCUUGAUGGCCGCGGCUGUGAUUGGAGGCUGGUGCAAUUUCCUCACUGUCAUUUAUAUUGGUUUUGUGGCUGCACAUACACUCCCUGUUCUGUAUGAAAGGCAUGAGGAUGAAGUCGACAAAUUUGUGUACAAAGCUCUUGAUGAAAUGCAGAACCGAUUCCGGAACCUCGAUGCCGGUCUUCUCAGCAGGAUCUCCAAGGGAAAGCUCAAGGGAAAGAAGCAUGAUUAGAUUGCUAGUAAUGCUUUUCUGGUUUUAACUUGAAUAAGUUGUAUUUAAUAUUCUGUUUCAAUAUAUUGUGCUGGAUGCUGUUUCUGCUUCUGUUUCUUAGUCUUUGACUUGGAAGGGAGGCUUCAUUGUUUGUGAAGGCAGUUGCGAGAAAGAAAUUUAGUCUCCUAAUUAUCUGUCAUGAAUGAACUUUGUGUGUUUUCUCAUAGCAUGAUUCAGAUUUCCUCAGAUCUUCGUGUGCA